AGUGGAUAAUACGUUACUAACUGCACGAACCGUAGGGAAUAUCGAGUGAGCAAAAAGUCAAAAUUGGGUUUUUUUGUGUGUCGAACUGAGGAAGAGAGUCAUCCGCGUUUCAAACCCCUAUUUCCCUUCGAAUUGCUUGCUGUGUUUGGUGUGUGUGUGUGUGUGUGUGAGUUCUUGAAGCUUGUUUGUGGCUGUGAUUGAUUACUCACUCGUUUCUGGAUUCUUCAACCGAACAGAACAGUGAAGCGAAAGUUGUGUUGGUAUGGUACAGGAAAAAAAAAUAUUUGUUGAAAGUUGAGGGCUUGUUUCAUUGCUUUGGUUCUCGAUUACCCUUUUCUUAUUCACUAAGAGUCAGCAACCAAAUCUGGUUUGAAUAGUGGUUGUUUUAAGGAUUAAGGAGAGUCCAAGAUGGCAGAUAUCAGUCCUAGGACUGAUACUUCAACAGAUGCGGACACUGAUGAUAAAAAUAUGAGGUUUCAAAGUGAUCAAUCCCUAGCAAUGUUGGGUUCCGACACCAGUGACAAGUCAAGGGAUCAAAAGACGCUUCGUAGGCUAGCUCAAAAUCGCGAAGCUGCUAGAAAGAGUCGUUUAAGGAAAAAAGCUUAUGUUCAACAACUAGAGAGCAGCAGAAUGAAGCUGACCCAACUUGAACAAGAACUCCAACGAGCUAGGCAGCAGGGCAUCUUCAUUUCAAGUUCAGCGGACCAAUCUCAAUCAAUGAGUGGAAAUGGAGCCUUGGCAUUUGAUGUAGAAUAUGCUCGGUGGCUGGAAGAGCACAUCCGACGAAUCAAUGAGCUGCGGGGAGCCGUGAACUCCCAUGCGGGUGAUGGUGAACUUCGCAUCAUUGUGGAUGGCGUAUUGGCUCACUAUGAUGACAUUUUUAGGAUUAAAGGUGAUGCAGCCAAGGCUGAUGUCUUCCAUAUUUUGUCAGGCAUGUGGAAAACACAAGCAGAGAGGUGUUUUUUGUGGCUUGGUGGGUUCCGUUCAUCUGAAAUACUCAAGUUGCUUAUACAUCAGUUGGAGCCUUUAACCGAGCAGCAGUUGUCAGACAUCACCAACUUGCAGCAAUCAUCCCAACAGGCGGAAGAUGCAUUGUCCCAGGGAAUGGAUGCAUUGCAGCAAUCCUUGGCUGAGACGUUGGCUGGACCUCCUGGGUCCUCAGGUUCAUCAGGGAAUGUAGCAAACUACAUGGGUCAAAUGGCUAUGGCUAUGGGAAAGCUAGGAACUCUUGAGGGCUUCAUUCGACAGGGAAUAUGAAGAGAGGCCCUUCAAAGUUGAGGUACAAGAUGCUUGAGAAAGAUUAUACUAACAAGAAGAAGAUGCAACAAUUCUAUUUCUAAUAUUGAACAAGAGUAGAUACAUUUGAACAACCAACCCCUCAUUGAAUCCUAAGCAUUAUAGCAACAAGCCACAACUGCUUAAAAUGUAGACGACUGAGGAUGAUCUAACAAACCCAACCACCCAUCGAACGGUCAGAAAUCAGAAUCCUCAAACAACUUUUGAAUAAAUUCUUUGUUAAGUCUGACCUAUAAUCUGCCAAUGUUUUCAUUGAAAGAUGUAAUGUACACAACAAGGGGUAGUCCAUGAACUUGAAAAAAUUCAUGAAAUUUCCAAAUCCGAAAAAUGCUCACCAAUUCAAUUCACCUUCCCAGCUCCCACCAUUGAAAAGCUCAGAGGUGACAUAGAGAUAAUGCUCUUUGCUCUUCCCUGCUAUCAACAGCGAAGCAGAAUCAAACAAACACAUCGCGUCGUUUCUUCGGAUUUUGUCCUGCAUCUGGGUUGCCCUUUUUCAUCAUGGCUACAAAUUCAUCGUAAUUGAUCCGACCAUCCUGCAAACAUUCACUCUUCAUUCAUUACUUUGCCCCCCAUAAGAGAUAUAUCCAUCUGUACAAGUUUCAUUUCUUGUAUAACAAAUGUAUGAACAGAAAGAUAAAUCUUAAUGCAUUUUCUUGUAAUCUGAAUGCAAA